AUGGGACAUGAUUAUUUCCAAAUAAUCACCAUUUUUACUCUGUUUUCUGCAACAAAUUCUCACGCUUAUUCAAACAUUAGCUUUGGUUCGUCUCUAUACGCCGGUCAAGACGAUAACAACAACCCUCCAUGGCUCUCUCCUUCCGGCGAUUUCGCAUUCGGAUUUCUCCCAUAUCAAAAUCAAUUCAUUCUCGCAAUCUGGUUUUCCUCAAUUCCAGAAAAAACCAUUGUCUGGUCUGCUAACGGUAAGAAUCCAGUUCAAAAAGAUUCCAAACUUGAACUAUCCGCCGACACCGGCCUUCUUAGCCUCACCGAUCCGACCGGUCUGCUCAUAUGGAAUAGUAGCAUUAGCCGUUAUUCCACAGCUAAAAAUGAUAGCUUGAUUACACCUUAUGCUGCCAUGCUUGAUAAUGGAAACUUUAUGGUUGUUAGUUCAAGUGGAGACAAGAUUUGGGAAAGUUUUAGAUAUCCAACCGAUACUAUCUUACCUGGUCAAAUAUUGAAAACUGGAGAUUUACUUUGGGCAAUGAAAUCUGAAACUGAUUACAGACCAGGUAGAUUUGAACUUCGUUUGCUUUCUAAUGGAAGUCUUGUUAUGAAUCAAAUUUAUGCUUAUACAUCUAACCCAUAUGAUGCUUUUUAUGAAAUCUCAAAUGUUUCACAAUUGGGUUUUAAUGAUUUGGGUCAUGUUUAUCUUCAAAUGUUAAACGGGAGUUUAACUGAUCUCUUAACGCCGGUCUCUGUUGACAGCGAUUUGUUCUUCCGUGCGACUCUCAAUUUCGAUGGUACUUUUACUUUAUACUCUCGUUUGAAGACAGUUAACGGAAGUUGGAAUCCGUUAAAGACAAUUCCUGAUAAUAUCUGUUUGUCUUUUGCUGUUUACUAUGGAAGUGGACCUUGUGGGUUUAAUAGUUACUGUGAGCUAAGAAAAGAUGGGAGACCGGUUUGUAGAUGUGCGCCUGGAUUUUCAUUGUUGAAUUCGAAUGACAGUUAUGGCGGUUGUAAAAUGGAUUAUAAGGGUUUUGGGCAAGAUUGUAAUGAAGUUGGUUCUGUUAAAAAUGAAGACUUUUACUAUUUUAGCACCCUAACCGGAGUUGAUUGGCCACUAACCGCCUAUGAAAAGUUAUACCCGUCAACGGAAUACGAUUGUGAGAAUUCAUGUCGGCGGGAUUGUUACUGCGCCGUCGCUAUUUACCAGCCGCCGGAUAAUUCAACGGAUGGGACUUGUUGGAAGAAAAGAUUACCGCUUUCAAAUGGAAGAUUUGAUCCGACUGGAGCUAUCAACAGAACUGCAAUUUUCAAAUUACCCAAAUCCAAUUCUUCAAUUGACUUACCUGGAUUGGAUUCCGGAUCGAAUUCUGAUAAGGAUAAAAAGGGAACCUUGAUUCUAUCAUCUUUCUUAGUUACUUCCGUUAUCUUCAAUUUCUUCUCAAUUGCUGCAAUUUUCAUGGCGGCUUUCUUCCUAUACCCGAAAUCAAAGAAUCAUCUUGAUUUGAAAAACCCAGAUACAAAUUUACGAUCUUUUUCUUAUGAACAGCUUGAAUUAGCAACAGAUGGGUUCAAGGAGGAAUUGGGUAAGGGUGCGUUUGGAACGGUAUACAAAGGCCUACUGGAUUCAUCUUCUUCUUCAGGCAUCCAAAUCGCAGUAAAGAAACUGGACAAGAUAGUUCAAGAAGGAGAAAAGGAAUUCAAAACAGAAGUAAACGUGAUCGGACAAACCCACCACAAGAAUCUAGUCCGAUUAAUCGGAUACUGUCAAGAAGGAGAAAACCGGCUGCUUGUAUACGAGUUCAUGCAUAAGGGUUCUCUUUCAAGUUUCCUAUUCAAACCACCAACAACAAUCAAACCUCCAUGGAAAGACAGAGUGAACAUUUCAUUUGGAAUUGCUCGUGGUUUAUUGUACUUACACGAUGAAUGCAACACUCAGAUAAUCCAUUGUGAUAUAAAGAGUCAAAACAUUCUAUUAGACAAUUCAUUAACCGCAAAGAUUUCAGAUUUCGGGUUAGCUAAGCUUAUGAUGAACAAUCACAGCCGAACCCUGACUCAAAUUCGAGGAACCAGAGGAUAUGUAGCACCGGAGUGGUUUAAGAACAUUCCAAUCACGGUUAAGGUUGAUGUUUACAGUUUUGGGGUUGUUUUGUUUGAGAUAAUAAGUUGUAAGAGAAGUUUGGCAAUGAAGGAAGAGGAAUCGGUGAUAUUAUCUGAUUGGGCUUUUGAGUGUUUUAGCGAUGGAAAAUUGGAAGAGUUAGUUGAUGGGGAUGUGGGUGCGGUGGAAGAUGCGGCUAGGCUCGAGAGAAUGGUUAUGGUUGGGUUGUGGUGCGUACAAGAUGAACCGGGGUUAAGACCUUCUAUGAGGGAAGUGAGUUUAAUGCUCGAAGGGAUCAUCGAUGUGCCUGUUCCUCCAUGUCCAUAUUCGUCGUCGGUUAAUUCUUUUUCGUGA